CCUAGGCUAAAACACUCCGUUUCAACUUUCCCAAAACAGCAAAACAUUUUGGUCGAAUAUUUUGAGCCUAACAGAAAUCUUCGCAAAAUAGAGAACAAAGACCAAGACAAUAAAAGCAAAAGAAAUUAAAACUCAGCAAAGAAAGAACAAAAACAAGAGAGAGGAUAAAUUCAAGGUAUGGAAGCUCUCAAAUCUAUUAGAGCGGAAGAACAGGAAAAUAACUUCCACAUAGCAAACAAAAGAAAUGAACAAAUACUAUCUAUACUGCCAAAAAAAACUAUUAUAAUACAUAACGGUAGAACCUACUUGCUUUCAAAUUGAAGUUCUAAUUAAUAAACGCAUAUAUAAUUUGCUCUUUUGCUAAGAGAACUAAAGAUGUCCCCAACUUUUCAUUUUUCAUUUUUUCUUUUUCUAAAUUUAAAUUUGUGGGCUAUAUUUGAGGGUGGUGGCCCCAUAAUGGGCAGAAAUCUUUUUCAAGUAGAACCUCCCAAAAAAAAAAAAGGUGGGAGAGUGGUCACAAGAUUUAGGGCGGGUCUCUCUUUUGAAAAAAUAAAAAUACCACUCAACCACUGUGAAACGCACGUUUCUAUUUAGUCUUUACACCUUUUAACUGCCCCCCUUAGUUGCUAGAACUCUCUCCUCUCUGUUCUUAAUCAUUUUUUUCUCUGCAACUGCUCGUAGAAAAGCCAGAGAAGUCGACUUUCAUAUAAAUAUAUAUAUAUAUUAUGUAUUAAACAAUUAUAUAUUAUCUGAGGCCAAGUUUUGUUUUACUACAAUACCCAUUACCGAAUUAUGAAGUGGGGAAGGAAAAAGACCAUCCCUCCUGCUUUUACUUCGUCUUCUUCAACUUCAACUUCACCUCCAACUCCUGGUCCUCGACCUCCUUUGAUCUCUUAUGUCUUUCCUCUUUCAUGGCUUUCAAAGUUCAAACACAAGGGUAGUCACUCAGAGCCGAAACCCAGAAAGGAACCCCCCCAAGGGAAGUGGAAUACUUCUGUUUCCUCCAUUAACUCACCAAAGAUUGCUGCUUUGGUUACUGAAACUGCUUCUUGUUCUGGUGUCGGUAGCUUAUACGGUUUGGGAAACAACGACGACGAUGCGUUUUGGAGUCUGUCGUUUAGGAAAGAUAGCUCUGUGGAGAAGAAGAACAACAACAAGAAGAAGAUAAAGAAGCCGAGAAGGGUUGGUUUGAAGUCAGUUUGGUAUGAUGAGCGUGAAGUUCCAUUUUCGAAUUGUCCGAAUUGCAGAGGAAAAGACGCUGAGGAUGAUAAAUGUGAAAGAGAGAAGAACAAGAGAGUUUCAGAGCUGAUAAGAGAGUUGGGUAAAGAAGAAAAGAGAUCAACAAGAGAGAUGGAAAUGAAGACACUGAUGAGAACGAGUACUUGGAGAGAUGAUGAGACUGAGAAGAAGGAAAAGAGAGAAGAAACGACAGCUUCAAAUACAAGACGAAGCUGUCGUUUCGCUUCUCCAAAGACAGUAGUGAGAAAUUCGAGCCUGAAAACAAUAAUUGAAGUUGGGAAGUUAGAAGAAUGUGAAGAAGGGAUUGUUAAUCAUCAUGAAGAGAAAAUGAGUUUUGAUUUGAAAAAGUUGAGAGAACUGAAGAUUGAGAAACAGAGGAAGUCUGUUCACGUAAGCAGAGAAUCUCGUCUUCAACAGGAGCAGAAGAGGAGACCAAAACAGAGUCGGGGAAGAAUGAAAGCUUAUUCGCCAAGAACAUUGUCGAGAAUCGAAACAUGCAAAGUGAAGGCACUUGAGGAUAUGAAGAAAGCAAAGUUGAAGAUGAAGAUGAAGAUGGAGAGGAAAGAGAUUAGUACAAGGGUCCAGUCAACGACAGGAGGCUUGGAAAGCUUUGCAGUGGUAAAAUGUUCAUACGACCCUCAUAAGGACUUUAAAGAUUCCAUGGUGGAGAUGAUUAUGGAGAAGAAGAUUACACAACCUGAGGAGUUUGAAGAACUCUUGGCUUGUUAUCUCACUUUGAAUUCUGAUGAGUACCAUGAUGUAAUUAUCAAGGUGUUUAGACAGGUAUGGUUCGAUUUGGGCUGUGAAUUAACAAAUGAUCAAUUUCUUUUUAGUGAUUAAUCUUUGUUUAGUUAUUGAUUAGACCAAAAAAAAAAAAAAAAAAAGAAAAGACAAUCAUCUAUUGUGUAUAAAUAGAUUUUGCAAAUAUGUAAAAUAAUCUUUUUCUUUCAAGAACUUUAGUUUUGUUCUCUUAUGUGUAAGGAAAUUAGUUUAUAUUGCUCAACAAAAUUAAAUGCUUUAAUUAGACAACAAAAUUAAUUUUAAUAUUACAAGUAGCUCAUUCGAAUUGGCAACUUUAGGACUUUCAAGUUUUGCAGUUUUGCAUGGUAAACAACUUCAUUGUUCGUUAGAGUUGAACGUGAAUUAGGUAAAUUGGAUUAAAAAUACUCGUCUAACCGACCACUAUAGUACCACUAUCGCAUAAUAAGAGUAAUUUUCUUCCAUCGAAUAGCCCUCUUUUUUUUCGCUUCGCUACAACACUUCGCAGUAUCUUAUUUUACAAGAUAAUCUGAAUUUUGAAUAUAAAAACAAAAGGUUUCAAUCUUACUAGGAGACAACAAGUACUGAAAAUAGCGCUACUGUUUCUUUUUCCUUUCUGAUUCUAAUAAUUCAAACUGUGGUCUUUAAUAUUUCACAAUAAUUUUUACGAAAGGAACGAAUUAUUUACACAGAUAUAAAAUAGAACGAAAUGUAUAACCGCUACUUUUCCACUAGAUGCAUUCAGAAGUAAAGCUUUCAAUACAUGUCUUUGGAACGAUAUAAAAACAAAGAAAGUUGCUUCAAGUUCCCAAGUGCUUUGCAAAAUCAUUCGGACGAUUCUCCUAUGUCUAUACCAAGAAACCAUGUCUGCUAUUCUGCCUAGAUGACUUGGAACCAUGCAGUUCAUCACAUUGACAUGCUUAAGCAACCCCCGAUUCAUAAACUGAAGCCAACAAUAGAGAGAUUUAAAAAAAAAGUGUAAAUUUCACACCUUUUACUGAAAAAAAGAAA